CCGAAACCCAAGUACGGCAUUCGUUCUGUGAAACGGUAACUUUGGCGUGAUUGAGUAUCUUUUAUUUUCAAUGGAAGUGUUAAAAAGCAUGAAUUAUUGAACCAAGUCAACGUGACUUCGUUGAUGCGUUACUCUUGUUUGCACAGAAGUCACGUACAAGUAUGCGUUUGCCUGCUAUAUGUCUUAAAUUAGAUUAGUGUUAUUUACUGUGUAGCUGUCCUGUGUUAGGUUACAUUGCAAAUAGGUAAUUUUGACUGCUUAAAGUGUUUAUCUUAGAAGAAAACAAACAUAAAAUGAACGACAGCCGAUAAAAUAGCACCCAAAAUCUCCCCCAAGUAAUGCUGAACAGUCUUUACAGCAUAACAAGGAGAGCGUUUUGUACUGGUAUCGUAGAAAUGGGGAAGAAGAAAUACUACUACGCAGUUCGGAAAGGCGACCACCCGGGUGUCUACAGCACGUGGGAAGAAUGUGAAAGUCAGGUUAAGAAGUUUCCUUCUGCCGUUUAUAAGAAAUUUGCCUCCGAAGAGGACGCGUGGGCUUUCGUAAGGGGACAAUCAGCAGACUCAUCUUCGUCGUCUGCUGUUUCUGCAGGUUGUUCUGGAAGUGCAGCCUCCACAGAAAUCUUUAAAGCCGUGCUCCCAACUCGGUCUGUUGAGGGGAAGAGGCCUCAUGUGAAUUUUGACGACGAGCUGUCUCCCAAACGACAGAAAUGUGCAGAGGACACAGGCAGCAGGGACGGUCUUACCUUUAUGGGAGAUGCGGUGGUAGUGUACACGGAUGGUUGCUGUUCUUGCAACGGGAAACAAGGGGCCCGGGCUGGCAUCGGUGUGUACUGGGGACCUGAUCACCAUCUAAAUGUAUCUGAUAGGCUGCAGGGAAGGCAAACCAACCAGAGGGCAGAACUACUGGCCGCCUGUCGAGCCCUGGAGCAGGCUAAAGACUUGAAGAUAAAGAAGCUGGUUCUCUACACUGACAGCAUGUUCACUAUCAAUGGUGUGACGUGCUGGGUGAAAAAAUGGAAGCAGAAUGGGUGGAGGCUGAAGAACGGUGGGCUGGUCACUCACAGGGACGAGUUUGAGAAGCUCGACAAGUUAAAUGCAGAAAUUGAAGUCAUCUGGCUGCACAUCCCAGGCCACGCGGGCUACAAGGGCAAUGAGGAGGCGGACCGGCUGUCCAGAGAGGGCGCAUCGAAGCUGCCGUGAUCCGCAUGAUUGGGUGGCCCACCCCCACCCCAAGUUAGAUGGGCAUCGUAUUGUUAUUCAUAUGUGAAUGGGAAGUUUGUACAGAUAUUUAAACGUGGCCCUCAAUUUGCUGUUUUGUUUUAACCUAGCUAUACCAAGGCAAGUUAUUAGGCUUUAAGUUCAUAUUUGCCUGCCCCAGAAGGUGAUUUAGAAGCUCGAGCAUCUUGUGUGGGCCUGCAUCCCAUCCAGGGUCUCCUGCCUUGUGUGUACUGGCAUAGGCUCCUGGUUCGCUGGAAACUUCUAAUGGAUGAAUAUGCUUCUUGUAUUUGUAAAUAAAGUUUUGUGGAUUUUUUCA